AUGGGUUAUGCGGAACUGUCCGCCUUGUUCUUCGGACGCGUAUCCAGUACGGAUGGCUCAUCCGCGACGGGUGUUAUGAAUGGGACUGGGACCACAUCAUCUACGGACCCUUCGAACCCCGCAUUCCUACUUCGCGGCUCUAGUUCAGGCUCCUCUGGUCCAGGAACCAGUCAAGGGAGUCAAGCGAUGCUGGUCAGCGGUUUACCAGGAAGUCCGGGCGCUCCAGCCACAUUGGAUCCAAACGGGAUUGGAGCGUUUGGGUCAGGACGAAGCGCAGUGCGGAAAUAUUUCCUACAGGUCAGCAACAUUUUAUCCUCUUACUUGUCUCCAUCUUGA